AUGGCAGACAUUGACAUGGACGUCGACAUGGACAUCGACCUCGGCUUGGAUCCCGAAAUCGCCCAACUCGAGGCUGAGGCCAUGAAGAUUGAAGCCCGCUCCGCCCAGAUCGAUGCUCAAGAAGUCUCCACAACGGCCCCUGCCGACAACCUCGAUGAACUGGCCCCGACCAAGGUUCACAUUCGCGGCCUGGACAACCUCACCACCGACAAUAUCAGACAGUUUGCUGGCGAGUACUAUUCGCUAGACAACUUCCAACGCGUCGAGUGGAUCGACGACACGUCCGCCAACCUCAUUUAUGAAUCAGAGCAAGCCGCACAAGAGGCCCUCAUUGCUCUAUCCGACCUUCAAGAUGGCAAUGUCGCUCCUCUACAACUGCGCAGAGCAAAGGCGCUACCUUCAAAUCCCGAUACCGAACUCUUCGUCCGUCAAGCUACCCUCGCCGACAAGAAAGCUCCUCGUGCACACGAGAGAAGUCGCUUUUAUCUCAUGAACCCAGACCACGACCCUAGAGAACGCAAAGGAGAUUACGAUAACAGAAGGAGAGGACCACGGAGAGACAACAGGCAAAGGAACGAUGCUCCCAAGCCUUUCGACGUUAACAUGUACGACGAUGCAGAAGAGGAAUCCCCAGCACUAAGCUACGACGACGAAGACGACCGCAGGCAUGACCGACGUAGAGACGAUCGUCCAAGAAGGCCGCGUGGAGGCGAUCUGUUUGCCGGAAAGGAAACAGGCAGACUACGCGACCGUAGCGCCUCUCCUGUAAGAGAUGGUGAUGGAAGAUAUGGCUUCAGCCAGGAACAACCCGAACGCAGAACUGCUCGUCGCAGGAGUGUAUCGCCUCCUCCUCGCAAGAGGGAUCUCAUCCCUGCAGCCCGCGCCAACAACGGUCCGAUAGAACUUUUGCCCACGAAGAGCACCUCCAAGACCUUUGGCCUUGAUGCCCCUGGGACCUCAACAAGUCCUCCCAAACGCAACAGAGAGCUCUUCCCCAACAAAUCUGCUCGUAGCAAUCACCGCCGAUCAGACGCCCUCGAUGCUGAUGAGACUGCAAGCAUCAGACGCAGCCUGGCUGACCGCAUAACUGGUGGUCCAGAGACAAGCGGCUUCAGCAUCAGAGGCAGUGCGCAAGCAGAUGUACCAGGCUUUUCAAUCCGUGGCGCUUCGCGAGAAGUCAAUCCCAAGGUCAAGGAGUUGUUCCCUUCAAAGUUCAGCAAUGGAGCAGAGCCAAACGACCUGUUUGCCGACAAGAUGAGAGACCGCAAUACCCAACGCAGACGUGCCGAGGACAUGAUGUAG